ACAUCUGUGCAGACACAGUCCCCCGUGCACGGAAUACGUGAACGACAGCAUGCUAGAGCCAUUCUAGCAACAGACAAAGAGUCCCGUUUUGGAAGAAUGAGCAUUUAUUUUUGCUUUAUUCAUGUUUUACUUUUGAUUUGUGCAGCCGCGUCAGCUGAAUCCGAACAGGUUUUGGUGGACGAUAAACUUCUUGAAGGAGGUAGCAGUCCGGGGCGUAGGACUGGCACACUGUACUGUAGGGUUGGCAUUGGCUUUCAUCUGCAAAUUCACCCGGAUGGUAGAAUCAACGGCAGUCAUGCGCCAGACCACUUGAGUGUGCUGGAACUCUUUGCAGUUUCUCAGGGCAUUGUUGGCAUUCGAGGAGUUUUCAGCAAGAGAUAUCUAGCAAUGAAUAAACGGGGAAGACUGCAUGCUAUUGAAAAGUUCACAGAAGAUUGCAAGUUCAGGGAGAGAUUUCAAGAGAACAGCUAUAACACAUAUGCCUCAGCAACACACAGAAACCGCCGGAGUGGCCGCGAGUGGUUUGUGGCACUGAACAAACGGGGCAAGGCGAAAAUGGGCUCCAGCACCCGUGUGAAAUCACAGCAUGUGUCCACACAUUUCCUGCCCAGGUUUAACUUGCAGGAGAAAAGUGAGCAAGGAUUCACCAUCACAGAAAAUAGCAAAGAGAAGACCAAAGCCCCAGCAGUCCUGCCAGUACCCCUUUCACCAGCAGUUAGGAUAAAUUCCGGACCGAAACGUUUGGGAACAGUGAAGUACUGGCCCAAAUUUAGAUUUGGGUAAAAAUGUGGUUUGUGGAUUCAUUAUGAAUAACAUACAUGGACAUUGCUAUAAUGGGCAGAUUGAAUUCCAUACAUUAUUCUUGACAGGAACUAUAUGCUGUUAUAAUAAGAAGAAAAAAGGACUACAAACACAUAGGUACCUGUUGUUGAUGAACACACUUCACCAUCUAAUUUUUCAGCGUUUUUGUUGUGUCAGUACCUUCUUAUCUCUUUUUUAUAAACCACCAUAGCAACAAAAAUGUAUAUAUGUAUGAAAAUGCAAAAUUGAAAUAUCAAAAUUGAAUAAGGAGCUUAAAGCCCGUUGUUACCACUUAUAUUUUCACGUGGUUAUUUUAUGUAUAUAUAGUGGCAGAAUUCGACUGCUCCUAGUCACACAACAGGCCUAUCAAUCUGAGUUUAAUUUCUAAAGGAGCACUGAUUUACUGAAGUCCAGCCAUGCUUUUUCAGAGUUGAGGUCUUUGCCCCUCAAAGGCAUUACCAUUUUGUUCCUUAAUCAGUCCUGUUUUACUUUGGUCCAAAACCAUUUGACCGUUCAACACAUUAUGAGUGACCUUGUGGGCAUUAACUACAGGGAAGCUGCUGAUCUGGUGUUCAGGAUUAAUAGCUGGCAGCUAAAGUUUAUUGUCAUUCUUACUGUUAAUGAACAUCUUAAAUGUAUCACUACUAAUUCUAGGUGGUGCUAUAGCUGGCACAUCAAACAUCGUGUUUAUACAGCUAUGCGAGGAUUGUUUUUGUCUGUAGGCUUGGAAUAUUAGCCAGAAGGAGUAUUAUUUUGUAUGAACGAUGCAUUUAAAAAUGCUGCAAUUUUGUACUUCCAAAAUAGUCGUCCUGUCACAAGAACUGAAAAUUAUGCACUUUUAUUUCAACCCAGGAUGACAGUAUACUUGAUUAAUAAAAUAAACAAUCAAUCUGAA